AUGAGUUCAAAGGUUGCGAAUAAUAGCGGAGUUGCAACACCAACACCAACAGCAGCAGCACCACCACAAAAUGGAUCACCUAACAAAGGAAAAGAUGUACUUGUAAAUAAAGUAUUUUGUCAUAUCUGUCAGAAUCCGGAUCCCGACAUCGUAGAGGACUACGCCAAGGGUGAUUUGAUUUGUAGAGAAUGUGGUGUGGUGCUCGGUGAUCGUAUUGUAGAUGAACACAGUGAAUGGCGUACCUUUUCCAAUUCAGAGUCCACCGGUUCCGACCCCAAUCGUGUCGGUGGUCCAACGAAUCCACUGCUCAGAGACUCGGGACUCUCCACCGUCAUCGGCAAGGGUACCUCCAAAGAUUCUUCGGCACUCUCGAGAAUGCAGAAUCGUGGUGCACUGGCGAACGGCGACCGUAGUCUGCUCGCCGGUUUCAAAGAGAUUGCGCGUAUGGCCGACCACAUGGGUCUGCCACAAACCGUGCAAGACACUGCCAACGAACUGUUCCGUGAAAUGGACGACAAAAAGUCGAUGAAGGGUAGAUCGGCCGACGGUAUACUGGCGGCAUCGCUCUACAUUGCCUGCAGAAUCGAGGGAAUCACUCGUACCUUCAAAGAGAUAUGCGCACUCUCAAACAACGUCUCCAAGAAGGAUCUCGGUCGUUGCUACAAGAUGAUGAAGGAGGCACUGGCCAACCGUAUCAAUCUACAGGCAAUCUCCACCGAGGACUUUAUGACUCGUUUCUGUACCAAUCUCAACUUGCCACUCGAUGUAAAGCGUGCUGCCGAGCACGUCUCUCGUACCGCAAUGGAACUGGGCAUUGUUGCCGGUAAGAAUCCAAUCUCUGUGGCGGCGGCAUCCAUCUACAUGGUAUCACAACUCAGUCCAGAGAAACGUACACAGAAAAUGAUAUCGGAUAUCAGUGGUGUCUCUGAAGUCACUAUUCGUAAUGCCUACAAAGAUCUCUAUAUCAAAAGAGAACAAUUGUUACCACCCAAUUCACCAUUCUUAACCAACGUUGCCAAUCUCCCAUCGUCUUAA